UUCGGUACGUGCCGUGGAGCGGGAAUAUCUAAACUACGGAAGCUUGAUAAUGCAACAGUGUUUAUAUUUAACUUGAAACAUUGUUUAUCGAAAUUUGAUUUUCGCAACCGUGCGACCGAGCGUAUUCAUGGUGUUGGUUGCGACCUAAAACGACCUCAAACGGACCAAAUACUUUUUCGAGAUGGAGGAACUGUAUAUUUUACAACGGGAGGUAGGCAGGGGAAGCUACGGUGUGGUGUUUGAGGGUCGUGAAAAGGGAGCUGGAGGAGAAAAGGUGGCCAUCAAAUGCUUGCCCUGUAACAGCCCCGAAUGCAUCCAGCUGUACCUGCAGGAGUUGUGGGUCAUGCGAACCACGUCCCAGGGGCACCCGAACGUCAUUGCACUACACAACUGCCUAGCACAGGUCGGACCCAACACGAUUCAGAUGGUCAAACCCGACAGAUUGCCUCUGGACCUGGUGGAGAUCGCGCUGAAGGGAACAGUGGCCCGCAGCAGUGAGGAACAAGAGGGUAACGACACCAAAGAAAACACAAACUCAAAUAACGUGCCGCCGCCGAGGUCUCGUAAGCGGCCUCUGCAGGAGCGGACAGUAGCCAAUAAGGACGCGGCUGUUCCCCGGCGGUGCUCUGCAACCAAUAAGGAUGCGGUUGUUCCCAGGCGAUGCUCUGCCCUGUGGCUGGUUAUGGAGUAUUGUGAAGGGGGAGACUUGAAUCAGUACAUCCUGUCCCACCCCCCCGAUGAGGACCGCAACCACACGGUCAUCAAACAGCUGAGCAGCGCCAUGGCCUUCCUGCACAGCCUGGGCAUCGUGCACCGAGACCUGAAACCGGACAAUGUACUGGUGCAGCUCACCAAGAAGGGACCCGUCGUCAAGGUGGCAGACUUUGGCCUGAGCAAGAUGGCGGGUGCGAGUCUCUCGGAGGGUGAGACGGCGCGGCCGGCCUUCUCGUCCACGUGCGGCUCGGACUUCUACAUGGCGCCGGAGGUGUGGGCGGGGCUCAGCUACUCGGCCCAGGCGGACAUCUUCUCGCUGGGCGUCAUGUUCUGGGCCGUGCUGGAGAGGAUCACCUUCCUGGAGGACGGAUGCAGCCACGAGCAGCUCGGUGCGUACUACGCUGGUGGGCGCUGGCUGACCCCCCUGGGGGAGGCGAUGUGCCAGAACCCCAACCUGCAGCUGGUGAUCCCCAUGAAGGGCCGCCGCGCCCCCCCUCUGCCCCCGCCCCCCGGCCCCGCCCUCUGCAGCCUUCUAGAACACAUGCUGGCCGCCGACCCCGACGCACGACCCUCCGCACACGAGCUGGAGGCCAGCCUGAGACGAGCACUACGCCAACGCUGAGGGGGGAGGCCUGCGAUUGGGGGGGAGGGGUGUUGCCCUAUGCCAACGCUGAGAUGACAUCUGACGAUGGGAUGCAAGUUGCAAUGCACCCCCCUCCUGGCCUGACUAUGGGCAUAUCCCUCCUGGGGGGGGGGUGUCGGGCUGGAAUGACUAGAGAGAUGGGAACAUGGCGCA